AUGCCUGAGUCCAGUUUCUUAGCCAGAAACAAGACCGCCAUUGUCGCUGCGGCCUUGGCCAGUGCCUCUGCCGUGGGAGCGUACUACUACUACGCCCAGUCGCAGGCCACGACCGCUGCUUCUGAGCCUGCGUCCAAAAAGAAGAAGUCCAAGAAGAAGAAGUCGACCAAGGGCGCCGGUGACUCCAAUGGCACGAAGGCCAACGGAGAGACUUCGAAAAAAGACACCACCUCUGCCGCUGAAGCCAAGGCGCCAUACCCUGUCAACAGCCAGGGCUUCCCCGAAAUCACCGAAGAGCUCAUUGCCAAGCUCUCCGACCUGGAAAAGGAGGAAUGGGCCCUCUCUUUGAAGAAAGCCGGAAACGACAGGUACAAGGCGGAGAACUUUGAAGACGCCAUCACCUUCUACUCCGCCGCGUUGCAGGUGAAACAGGACCCAGUGUUCUACUCAAACAGAUCCGCCUGCUACGCCGCCUUGGACAAGCACGAACAGGUCAUCGAAGAUGCCACCGCGGCCAUCAACAUCAAGCGUGACUACGUCAAGUGCAUCUUGCGCCGUGCCAACUCAUACGAAGCCUUGGAGAAAUACCCCGAGUCCAUGCUUGACUUGACUGCCUUGACCAUUUUCGGUGGCUUCAACUCCAAGUCCGUCGAGCAGUCCUUGGAGAAAGUUUUGCAGAAACAUUCCUUGAAGAUCGUCGAGGCCAACUUGAAGAACAGAGUGCCUGAGUUGCCCUCCGCCUCGACCAUUGGGUCUUUCUUCGGUACUUACGUUCCUGAAACUGCCCCUGAAGGGAUCUCGGAGGAGUCCACUGGCGGUGACAAGUUCUUGUUCGAGGCGUUGGCCAACAUCGACGCCAACACUGUCGAGGGAUAUGAAAACGCCGACUCCUUGUUGAACCAGGCUGUCAAGGCAUACAACAUCGACUCCUUGGACAAGACUUCCUCCGAAGCGGCCACUGCAUCCAUCGCCUUGGAGUACCUCGCUGCCUUCAAGUUCAUGAAGAACGAGCCCACCGAGGCCUCGGCCCUCAUUGACCAGGCCGUUGCCCUCAAGCCAAGACCAAGAACAUACAUCAUGAGAGCUUUGAUCAACGCCGACAAAUCCUCGUUCACUGAAGCUCUUGCUGACUUCGAACUCGCACAAAAGCCUGACCCUGAGAACGGCGACGUAUAUUACCAUUUGGGCCAGUUGUACUACCUUACCUCUGAUUUGGACAAGGCUGAGGAGAACUUCAAGAAGGCCAAACAAUACAACCCUGAGAACCUUUAUGCUUAUAUCCAAUUGGCAUGCAUCAUUUACAAGCAAGGUAAGUUCGAAGAGUCUGAGAAGUCUUUCAACGAGGCCAGAUUGAAAUUCCCAACCUCGCCUGAGAUCUUGAACUACUACGGUGAAAUCUUGGCUGACCACGGCGACAUUCAGGGAGCUAUCAAGCAAUACGAAAUUGCUGCCAGAUUGCAGGAGGCUUUGCCAAACUACAGUGUUGGCGCUGUGCCUUUGAUUAACAAGGCUUCCUUAAUCUCCAGAGAGGGCCCUGAACAAUUGCCUAUCGCUGAAGAGUUGCUCACAAAGGCGUGUGAAUUGGACCCUAAGUCUGAAAUCGCCAGGAUUUCCCUCGCCCAGGUGAAGUUGCAAACCGACAAGCCCGAAGAGGCUGUUGCUUUGUUCGAGGAAGGUUCUGACUUGGCUAGAACUUUUGAGGAGAAGGUGCAAGCUACUUCUUUCGCUGAAGCCACCAAGAUGCAGUUGAAGAUUAAGGCUGACCCAGUGUUGAGCGCCAAGGUCCGUGAGUAUUUGGCUGCUAGCAUGUAA